AUGGACAAAGUCCUAAAAGACCUCACGGACAUCGAGCGAAAGCUCUCGAAAAUCGUCAAAAUCUCGUCAAAAGGAGCCAGUUCGCUCACAGUGAAGGAAAUAGUGAAGCUCUCGCGAAAAGGCUCCUCGGUCGCUUCCUGCAUGAAGAAAUACGUCAGAGACUAUGAGGGCGUCACGCCUACCGAUGCACAGGCCAAGGAGGUCCUCGCAUUGCUGGAGAAGGUUGCGAGCGUGAACGAGAGGCAGAUGAAGCUGGCCAGAGACGACAAGCCGGCAAUGGAUAAAAUGCACGUUGCAGGCCUGGUGAAGAAGAAUAUUUCAAAGGGACAAGAGACGAGUGGUGCUUUUUGGGGGGUGGUGAUUGAGAAGUCUCCCGAGGGGGUGAUUAAAGGAGAAGUAAAGGCGUUGGAUGAGAGGGUUAAACGGGCUGUUGUGGAGACGCUGAGGGUCUAUGGUGAUGCGACGGGUGGGGAGGAUCAGGAUAUUGGGGGUGAGGAUGAUUCUGAUUAG